AUGAAAACAGAACAUCUCAUUGACUCCAACAACAUGUCCCUUCUUCUCUUCCUUUCCCUCCUACUUUCACUCUACAACCUUCGCCGGAUCUUCCACCGGCGGCGCCGCCACUGCUACCUCCUCGACUACGAGUGCUUCAUGCCCUCCUCCGACCGGAAACUUAGCACGAAACUCUCCGGCGAGGUCAUUCGCCGGAACAAAAACCUCCGCCUCAACGAGUACAAGUUCCUCCUCAAGGCCAUCGUCAGCUCCGGCAUCGGCGAGGAGACUUACGCCCCUCGAACCGUCCUCGAGGGCCGCGAGGCCAACCCCACUCUCCUCGACGCCCUCUCCGAAAUGGACGAGUUCUUCCUCUCGAGCAUCGGGAGUUUGCUCCGUCGAACCAACAUUUCCCCAAAAGAAAUCGACGUCCUCGUCGUCAACGUGUCCAUGCUGGCGACCGUCCCCUCUCUCUCGUCUCGCAUAAUCAACACUUACGGGCUUCGAGAUGAUAUCAAAUCGUAUAACCUCACGGGCAUGGGUUGUAGCGCGAGCCUCGUCUCGAUAAACGCGGUCGAGGCCGCUUUCCGGGCCUCGUCUCGCCAUUUACGGGCCCUCGUCGUGACUUCCGAGUCGCUCGCGCCGAACUGGUACGCGGGGGCCGACCGGUCAAUGAUUCUCGCGAACUGCCUUUUUCGGGCCGGCGGGUGCGCGAUGGUGCUCUCGACCCGGCCCGGCCCGAACGCGAUGCUCCGGUUGGCCCGGCUCGCGCGGACCCACCACGGAGCCUGGGACGAGUCGUAUGGGUGUUGCGUGCAGACGGAGGACGAGUCGGGACGAGUCGGGUUCCAUCUCGGGAAGGGAUUGCCCGCGGCCGCCACGCGGGCGUUCGCCGAGAAUCUCCGGUGGAUGGCGCCGAGGAUACUUCCGUUCCGGGAGCUGGCGAGGGCGGCCGUGGCGGCGGCACUCGCCGGAGGGCGGCGGCCGGCGGUGGAUUUCCGGUCGGGAGUGGAGCAUUUUUGCUUGCAUACGGGUGGGAAGGCGGUGAUAGAUGGGGUGGCGAGGAGUUUGGGGUUGAGUGAGGGUGACGUGGAGCCGGCGAGGAUGACGCUGCAUAGGUUCGGGAACACGUCGGCGAGUAGUUUGUGGUACGUGCUGGCGUAUAUGGAGGCGAAGGGGAGGCUGAAGAAAGGGGAUCGGGUGUUGAUGAUAAGUUUUGGGGCGGGGUUUAAGUGUAAUAGUUGUUUGUGGGAGGUUGUGAGGGAUUUGGAUGGGAAGGGGAAUGUGUGGGGAGGGAUGAUCGACGAGUAUCCGGUGGGGAAUUUGGCGGAAAAAAGCCCGUUUUUGGGGAAGUUCGGGUGGCUGCAGAGCGAGGUGGACGAAGAGUUUCGCUUCCCGGAUGAUUACGAGAUACCGGAUUAG